AUGAGCAGUGGUACAGGCGUACGAUUGGAGCGCUUCUGUCAAGCUUCCGUCUUUCCUUGUAUCGCGAAAAAUGCGUUGGUUGUUGCUCGCAUGCCUUUUUGUGAUGAGCAUUGUGAACAGCUAUGCACAAUGGAAUGGCAUCACCUAUGGAACACGCGGGAAGAAAUGAAACACAGACUUCAACAACUCGUCGUAAUAGAAUGA